CCCGGCAUGACCGUGAUGCCAGUUUGGCCAGAGCCCCGCCGCAUCAGCGACACAGCAACUUGGUGAGGGGGACGGGGCUCCGAACUACACAGCACCCAAGCUGGCCGCUCCAGCCUGAAGUCCGCCUGUCCGAGUCUUGGUCUCGGGCUUAGAGGCCAGGAGAGCCUCAGCCGGUGGGGGAACCCGUGGCACCGCCGUGGGGCAGGUAGAGUGAGUCUGAGGCCAGUGGAUGAACAGACAGAAGCUAAAAGAUCCCCAAAAAGGAUGCAUGAGAGGGCCGCGCGGAACUGCAGCACUGGCAGCUGGCUGCUAGCACUUUGCUUGGCUUGGCUGUGGACCUUCCUGGCCUCUGCUUCCUUGCAGCCUCCAACUCCCACAGUCCUCGUGAAGCAGGGCACCUGCGAGGUGAUUGCUGCUCACCGCUGCUGCAACCGGAACCACAUCGAGGAGCGCUCCCAGACGGUCAAAUGUUCUUGCUUUUCUGGCCAGGUGGCUGGUACCACGCGGGCAAAGCCCUCCUGUGUGGACGCCUCCAUCGUCUUGCAGAAGUGGUGGUGUCAGAUGGAGCCCUGCCUGCUGGGGGAGGAGUGUAAAGUGCUCCCGGACCUGUCGGGAUGGAGCUGCAGCAGUGGACACAAAGUCAAAACCACCAAGGUCACACGAUAGCUCUUGAGGUCAUGGCCUAGACAGGACAGCUUGAUUGAGCCAUGGACUGAAGGAUGGUAUCCAGUUAUCAGCCAGCAAAUAUGGAGAUUCUCUUACCUGGACACACGCCCAUGCCAAAUGCAGCAUCACCCUUCCAGGGGCACUUCAGUUAAGCUGCUCAGCAGCUGUGGACAGAUCUCCAGCCGCAUACCUAGUGUUGUGCUGGGCUCUCCUGGGGCAGAAGAAGGCUGAGAUGCAAUUCCUGCCCUCAAGGAAUGUGCAGUCAAGUUGGAGAGCUGACAAAAGACAAUUUAGUAAUUGAGAUUAAACCCUGUGGUAUCAGACUGUGGCUUCUGGGCCAUAUGUUGUGGGCAUGUUGGGGGUUUGGGGAUGAGACUCCCACAGCUCUUCAGCCACCCCCUGGCCACAGGGCACAAAGACAAGAGGUCACAUUCACCCCCUACCAUUUCCCUUCCUCGCAUCAGUCCAAACCCCCAAAAA